CACUAAUCCUCAAACAAUCCUCAAACACAACACAACACAACACAACACAACACAACACAACAAAACCACAUAGUACACCAAACCCAACCUGCAUUACUAUACAAAUCCCACUACACCAAACCCAACCCGCAUUACUAUACCACCACCACCACCACCACCACCACCACAACCACCACCACAACCACCACAAACCCCCAACCCAAAAAUCAGAAUGUCCCCCCAACCCAAAACCCUCUUCAUCCUCGGCGGCAGCGGCUACAUCGGCACGCAACUCCUGCACCAGGCCACCCAACCACCCCACAACUUCACCACGAUCCGGGCGCUCUCGCGCACCCCGGAAACCGACGCGCACCUCACCACCCACAACGCCACCCCGAUCCGCGGCGACCUCCGCGCGCACGCGACCAUCACCACCGAAUCCCGGGCCGCCGACGCGGUGAUCUGCCUCGCGACGGCGUACACCUUCGGCCAGAGCGCGCCCUACGACACGCACGGCCUGCCGGAAGACAUGGCCGCGCUGGACGCCAUCGCCGCCGGGCUCGCAGGCACCGGAAAACCGCUCGCCCUCGCGAGCGGAACGCUGCUGUACGCGCCGCACCCCGACGGCCGCGAGACCGACGAGUCCUCGCCGGUGGACCCGAACCCGAUCAACACGCGCUCGAAGACGGACGCGUACGUGCUCGCCCUCGGCGCGAGGCACGGGUUUCGGGCGCUGAGUGUCCGGCUGGCGCCGUUUGUGUACGGGCGCGGGGGGAGUGGGCUGGGGCGGUUUAUGCGGCAGGCAAAGAUGACGGGGUCGUUGGUGACGGUGGGUGGUGGGGGGAAGUGUACGACGACCGUGCAUGUGGAUGACGCAGCGAAGCUGUUUUUGUUGGCGGUCGGGAGGGGUGCGGCCGGGGAGACUUUUAAUGCCAGUGCGGAGACGAGGGUGACUUAUGCUCAGAUCUUUUGGGCGUUGGCGGAGGUACUCGGGGUGGAGGUGGUGGAUUUCUCCGAGGCGGAGGCCAGGGAGAGGUUGGGCGAGAUGGUGGCGAGGUUUCUGUCGACGGAGAAUCGCGCGUCCGGGGAGAAGGCGAGGAGGGUGUUGGGGUGGGUGCCUUCUGGUCCGGGGGUGUUGGAGGAUAUUAGGGAGGGGUCGUAUAAGGUGUUGGCCGAGGAGUUGAAGGGGGGGAAUUAGGAUUUGGUCGAUCUGUGGUAUCUUGAUU